UUUAAUUUGUUCAUUUUUCUGGCUUUUAAGUUAUGUCUAUACUGACAGGUGAAAUGGGAUUUCUCAUAGAGAAAAACAUUAGGACAUGGCAAAUUUUUCUUACAAACAACUUGCAAAAGGAGCAAAAGUUCCCUAAAUGCAUUGCCUGAUUUACAAUGUGAUGUGUGAUCUAGUGAAGUUAUAGUAGUUUCCUCUUCAAAUCUGACAGGACCAAUCAUAAGUGAAAAGAGACAUAGUUUGACUAUAAAUAACAGUAUGGAGAAACAUUAUUUUGGAUGAAUGUACCAAUGUGUAUUGUUAUUUUGAAAUUUGAAGUAUAAAAGGCUUUACUUUUCUAGCUUCAUUUUAUUGCUCCGUGUUGCAAUUCUCCAAGACGUGUAAAUAUGAGGAAAGAAAAUGUAGUUUCUGCUAAUGUUGGAGAACUUAAUGGUCGACUCACACGUGCUCGAGCAGCUGCAUUGCGUGCUUCUGGACAGUUGCCACCUCUAAAUGCACCUAAUCAAUCAGAUCAGAAACGGGUUUUGCGAGCAAAUACCAAAAGAACAGCCUUGGACGAAAACAACACCAAUGCACUUGAUAAUGCAGGCCUUCAGCGUAAGAAGAGAGCAGUGCUUCAGGAUGUAACGAAUGUUUGCUGUAAUAAUUCAUAUAGGAAGUGCUUUAAUGAAACCAAAAUCCAGGCUAAGAGCAGCAAGCAGGCUAGACAAGGGCAGGCCUAUUCGUCCAAAGUAGCCCCUGCUAUAGCACCACAGGUCCAGCCAACUCAAGCCAUUUCACAGAAAGAAGGCAUUCAAGAGACUGCAAAAAUAGAAGCUAAAUUAGAAGUUACGUGCUCAGUUAAUGUGAAAGGAGAUGCCACUCUUCUGUUAAAUAGAAUAAAAAAUGAUAGCAUACAACACCAUUGGCUUGCAAAUCAAAGUUUCACAAUGCCUUCACAACCCCAAAGCCCUCCAAGAAAUGUAGAGAAGAUUGGCUUUUCUGCGACUUCAAUGACAUCUAGUGAUCCAGACUUUAUAGACAUUGAUUCAGAUAAGAAGGAUCCUCAACUUUGUAGCCUCUAUGCCCCGGAAAUCUAUAACAACUUGCGGGUUGCUGAGCUUGUCCGCAGGCCAUCUCCUAAUUUUAUGGAGACAAUACAGCGAGAUAUCACUCAAAGCAUGCGGGGAAUUUUGGUUGAUUGGCUUGUGGAGGUAUCUGAAGAAUAUAAGUUGGUGCCUGACACACUUUACCUCACAGUGUACCUAAUUGAUUGGUUUCUCUCUCAAAACUACAUCGAAAGACAAAGACUUCAACUUCUUGGGAUCACUUGCAUGCUGAUAGCAUCCAAGUAUGAGGAAAUAUGUGCACCUCGUGUAGAAGAAUUUUGCUUCAUCACAGACAACACUUACACUAGAGAGGAGGUGCUAAAAAUGGAGAGUCAAGUAUUAAAGUAUUCUGGUUUUCAACUAUUUGCACCUACUGCAAAAACUUUUCUCAGGAGAUUCCUAAGAGCAGCACAAGCUUCUUACACGAGCCCUAGCAUAGAAUUGGAAUACUUGGCAAACUAUCUUGCAGAACUGACACUAAUUGACUAUGGUUUCUUAAGUUUUGCUCCUUCUAUCGUAGCUGCAUCAGCUGUAUUUCUUGCCAGAUGGACUUUGGAUCAGUCGUGUCACCCAUGGAAUCCAACUCUAGAACACUACACGGCAUACAAUGUAUCAGAUCUCAAAACCACAGUUCAUGCAUUGCAAGAUUUACAGUUGAACACCAACGGUUGUCCUCUAAAUGUUAUACGCAUGAAAUAUAGGCAACAAAGGUUUAAAUCUGUGGCAACCUUGUCUUCUCCGAAACUGCUUGAAACACUAUUCUAAGAAAAAAUGGCUAAUUCCUGAUGACUUCAAGGGGCUGCUAACAGACAUAAUACUUUUCGGGUGGAAGUUCCCUCUGAAUUUUGCCAUUUCUCAUGAGGUUGAACCAAAAAUGUUCAUAUUCUAACCUCUUCAUUCAUGUUCAUUAGUGCUUGAUAUUCCUCAAACUCUUGUCCAUAGACACUUAACUCUCAAAGUUUUGGUUCUUCCAAAACUGUAUCUGUAUCUUUGUAACGUUACCUUGUUCAAAUUUUAAACAUCUAACCGUUGAUAUUGUUAUUUUGUUGUUGACUUUAAAACUGGCAUGAUUGUAUGGUGACUGAGAUUAAUUUGUUUAGUUUGUAAUGUUUGUAAGAGAAGACAAAAUGUAACCGGCUGAAUGUAAGGUUGACUGAUGAAUUCUCUAUCAAUUGAAAA